AAUUUACAAAACAUAAAAAAAGAAAAAUAGAAAUGGAAAAAACCCACCAAAACAGUGGUGACAAUUUUGAAAGAAGGCGCAGCGAAGAAGAGAAGUGAAAACUGAAAGCUCAAUCAAUGGCGGAAGAUAAUCAGCCACAGGAAAGCGAUUGCGCCUUCCAGUGGGACGAAGAUUCUCAGCUUUACUACCAUGCCAGCACUGGAUUUUACCAUGACCCACAAGCAGGAUGGUACUACAGCAGCAUCGAUGGACUUUAUUACAAAUUUGAAGAUGGGAAUUAUAUUCCACUUGAAUCCAAUCAGGAUCAAGUAGAAACAUCGGAUGCUCAAAUCGAAGUAAAAGAAGUUCCCAUCGAUCCUUCCCUAGACUCCCCAACAAAUGGUAGCAUCGACCAAUCAGAUUUCCCCCCUCCACCAUCAGAAUGGCUAGAAGACACUCUUAUCGAUUUGUAUUUAUCGGGCUAUUCCAAUCGAACAAAUUAUGGUGACGAUUCUGACAUGACAAUGGCUGCAGCAUCUAACGGUGCAGAUGAAUUAAACGGAGAUGAAGAUAUUGAAGAGCUUGAAGAAGGAGAGUGGGUCCCGGAUGAUCCCGAUUUUUGGAGGAAUUUUAGUGACAAGAUUUUAGCUGAAGGUGUAACUGAGGAAGAAGAAAAUUGGCGCGCACAAUACGGUCAAGUAAUACAACUAGAUAAGGAGUCGAUUUCAACGGAUUUGCAAACGGUGGAUUUGUGGGAUUGGGGUUUAGUUAAAGGAACGAAAAAAGACGGCCAAUCAGAGAUUGCCAGGUUGGUUGGCAAACUGAGGAAGCCCUCUACUAAGCUUCACCCUUCAGUAUCUUCAGGUGGUGGAAUAUUUAAAACGGCACCCAUUUGUGAAGUGCAUCUUGAUAUGGUACGAGUAAAAUCAGGCAGGAUAUACAGAUUAAAAAAUCCUAGCAGGCAAUAUUUGGCAUCUUUGUCGGUUUACGAUGCUUACAACCCAACUAAAGAUUGGGGUUUUCCACAGUUAUCCAUAAAAGAUUCAGACAAGUUGCCACAAUUAGAUGAACAUCUGUCUGAAUCCCAAAUCUCGGAAGUUCUUCCCGUUCGGAACGAGAAAUCUUUGCAGCCAAUGAAGAUUUGCACAUCUAAAAAGGAUCAUAAUGUGUACCGUGAUAGAGCUGCUGAGAGAAGAGCUUUGCACGGUGGAUUUGGCGUGGGCCCAGGUCAAAAGAACUCACUUGAGGGUCCCGAUUAUGCCACGUCAUCUCCGACUUUACAACCCGAAGAGGCAGCAGCUGAGUCCUUGAAUAUUACCUUCGGUGAAGGUAGUUAUGCCAGAAAAAUUCUCCAAGGCAUGGGCUGGAAGGAGGGGGAGACACUCGGGCUUAGCAUGAAGGGAUUGAGUGAACCUAUACAAGCAAAUGGAAACAAAGGAACUGCUGGUUUAGGUUGGGAUAAUGGCUGGAGAAAGUAAUAUAAUCCGUCGGACAAAUCGAAUUUUACUUAGCGAAUCGAAUAGCACGGAAAAAUAAUAUAUAUAUAUAUAUACAUAUAGAAGUGAAGUUACUACUUUUUGGUUGAUUGACAUUUAUUUUUAGAGUUUUUCGAGUAUAGGCGAACCUCGUUAAUUUGAUAUUCGACUGAUUAAUAA